AUGCCCAAUUCCAUCAGUACCUUCAAAGACUUAAGUGCACAGUUCACUUCACACUUCAUCGGGGGACACAGGUACAAGAAGUCCACUACAUGUCUGAUGAACAUUAAGCAGCAGGAGGACGAGACACUGAGAUCCUACAUCACCCGCUUUAACAAAGAAGCCCUCUCGAUCGAUGAAGUAGAUGAUAAGAUCCUCGUAGCUGCAUUCAUAAAUGAACUACGUAAAGGUAAGUUCUUGUUCUCACUAUACAAGGACGACCCAAAAACUAUGUCAGAUGUGCUGUACAGGGCAACUAAGUAUAUGAACGCAGAAGAUGCAUUGUUAGCUCGAGAAGAGAAGCCCAAGAAGAGAGAGACACAGGAAGACAUACGGUAA